UUUUGAGAUGCAGCCAGUGUUUGUUCAAACAGGAGGAUGAUCAGAGAUUGAUUUGGCUGGAGCAGAUGGAGUGUCCGUACAGAAGCCGCAUGAACCAGCAUCGCUCCAGAGACACUGGAGUUCGUGGUGUGUCGGGUGGCCGGUCCGUAAUGAAGAAAAAGAGCUCUCAGAAACACAAACACAUGCAUCACUGCAGUCCUGCUGCGUCUCUCAGUGAAAGCAUUGUGGGCUGUCGAAUACAACACAAUUGGAAGGAAGAUGUCUACAGUCCGGUCUCUCGGUGGAAGGGGACGGUACUAGUCCAAGUGUCUGUCAACUCGUCUCUGUACCUCAUCAAGUACGAUGGAGUGGACUGCGUCUACGGCCUGGAGAUCUUCAAAGAUCAGAGGGUUCAGAAUCUGGAGAUUUUCCCCGGGGAAAUCGCCUCGUUUCGGGUCAGUGACACUCGUCUUGCGGACCUGCUGCUGGGAAGGCCGGUGAUUCACCUGUUUGAGACGGACGACAGCUCGAAGGAUGAGUGGAGAGGUUUGGUGCUCUCCAGGGCUCCCAGCAUGCCUGCGUGGUUCUUCAUAACUUAUGAGAAAGACCCCAUGCUGUACAUGUACCAGCUGAUGCAGGAUUAUAAAGAUGGGGACCUUCGGAUACUUCCGGAUUCAG